CGUCCACCGACGUCAUCUUCGGCUAGCUUUGCGACUACUUCCUACUCUUGCGAAUCCUACCCAGACUAGUUUCGCGAUCUAUAUGCUAUAUCCUACUGUUUCUGCUAAUCCCAUAAUUUCCUCUGUCCCUAGUUUUCUUAUCGCUGUUUGCGUGGAGAAAGACCUACCCCACGGCCUGUACCGUGACGUUGCGGGGUCGCACGACGUCCCAACGCCAUGAAUUCAACCAUCGUACAACAAAAGAACCAGCCGCAAACUCCAGGUCGCCGCUCUUCGAUAGGUUCUACAUCCAGCGCUGCAGAAAGACUGAGAUGGCGCAACCACCCUGAAGUCACGUCGCCCGGUUUUGACCGCAGCAACCCAUUCGAAGAUGAUCACGUGGCGGGGCAGGAUUCCUUUCCGACCAUCUCAGACAAUGAUGACUUCGAGAACGAAGAUAGUGCAAAAGAUCAUGACUACGAAAAGCAGAAUUCUAGAAGAGAUAACCAAAUCGAAAGAGGUGCUCACGAACGGGGUGCGGGCGACAUGGGAGUACUCCAAGGGACCGAGAAGGAAUCGGAUGAGCGGCGAAGACUGAGCUGGCGAGAGAGGAUGCGGCACUUCACCUGGACGUGGUUCUGCAUGACUAUGGCUACAGGAGGUAUCGCGAACGUGCUAUACACGGUACCUUUCCGCUUCCGCGGCAUCUACGCCCUAGGCUGUAUCUUUUUCAUUCUCAACAUGGUCCUUUUUCUAUUUAACACUAUCAUGAUCUCCCUCCGCUUCUACUGGUUCCCUAAGACCUUCAAAGCCUCUUUUCUCCAUCCCACAGAGAGCCUCUUCAUUCCCGCCGCGAUCAUCAGCUUCGGCACCAUCCUCAUCAACAUCAGCCAGUACGGCGUCGACCAGACCGGCAUUUGGCUCGAGAAAACGAUGACUAUCCUAUUUUGGGUCGACUGCGGACUCGCCAUCAGCUUUUCCGUCGGCAUUUACCUCAUCAUGUGGUCCACGCAGACGUUCACCAUCUCGCAGAUGACGCCAGUCUGGAUCUUCCCUGCCUACCCGCUGCUGAUCAUCGGUCCGCAUGCAGGGAACCUCGCGCCGAAGAUAUCGGAUCCGAAUCGUGCGCUGUUGGUCAUCCUUUCGGGCUACGUGAUUCAGGGCAUCGGCUUCCUCGUCUCCUUAAUGAUUUACUCCGCCUUCAUCUACCGCCUCAUGACGCAGAAGCUGCCUAAGGAGUCACUUCGUCCAGGCAUGUUCAUCAGCGUUGGGCCCUCGGGCUUCACCAUCGCCGGCAUCAUCAACAUGGGACAAGAACUACCCAAAGUUGUGCCCGACGAUUUCAUGGGCAAGGGCAUGGGCGAGCUCGCGGGCAAGGUCGGCAUGAUCUGUGCCAACUUCAUGGGACUGUGGCUCUGGGGUCUCGCGUUGUGGUUUUUCCUCGUGAGCGUAGGUGCACAUUAUAGCUGUGUGCGCCGAGGCAAGAUGGACUUUGCGAUGACGUGGUACUCGUUCAUUUUCCCCAACACUGCGCUGACAACGGCGACAUUUGCGAUUGCGAAAGCGCUGAAUGGGAACAGACCAAUUCAGUAUGUUGGCUGUGCGCUAACGAUCAUGGUCAUUGUCACGUGGCUUUUGGUGUUUGGCAUGAUGUUCCGUGCCGUCAAGAUCCACCAGAUCCUGUGGCCCCAAAAGCAGGAAGACCGCACGGAGGGUGGCUGGAAGCAGCAGAGCGCGGAAGAGCAACGGAGGAGGAGGUAUGAAGGCGGACUUGAUGGCACGGAGGAAGGUAGGAGUCGUGGCUGGAGUAUGGUGAGAACCUUAAGUAAGCGCGGGAGGCCCGAAGGGGAGGCAAGGAAAAGAGGCUUCAGCUUCAGGAGGGAACCAUCCUCAAUCACCUAAAUAAACCUAUUCGUCUCCUGAGC